CAUCUUAUUUUAUUUUUCCAGGUACAACAUUUGUGUUCACUUUGGAAUUUCAAAAAACUUUGAUAAGGUGCUGUGUUUUUAGCAUUUUCCUCUUCUCCAGUCUGAGUGUUUCUUGACAAGAGAAGACAAAAUAUGGAAGAUAUGCAGGAUCCUGGGAAGAAGGUCCAAGAUUACCGAGAUCAGGUGAUCAAAGAGGGGGAAAAAAUGGUGAAGGAUGGUUUCCCCAAGAGGAUAGUGAGGCUGAAUGAGAUUCUGCAAUCUAAAGCAUUCAACAUUCCAGAUCUACUCUCCCUUCAUUCUGAUCUUAAGAUUCCAGUCCCUCAAGCAGACUUUUUUCAACCGAUCUUAGAUGGGACAAGAAAGCUGGACAAAAUGGAAUGUUCUUUCACUGUACCAGGAACAAAUGUGUAUGUCUUGCCCUGUGGAACUGUUCCUGCUAAUGACGAGAUAGUGCAAAUGAUAAAUGUUGUUAAACCCCUGGUGCGACAACUUGUUGAAGAUGCUAACCUGCUGAAGAUCUGGGUAUCCUUCCUCAUACCCAAGAUUGAGGAUGGGAACAACUUUGGUGUCUCCAUUCAAGAGGACACAUUGGCCGAGAUCCGAGUCGUUGAGUCAGAAGCUGCUGCCUUUUAUGACCAGAUUUCAAAGUAUUUUUGCACAAGAGGCAAGAUCAUUUCCAAGGUAGCCAAGUAUCCACACAUUGAGGACUAUCGAAAGAAUGUCCAGGAGCUCGAUGAGAAGGAAUACCUCAGUCUAAGGCUCAUCCUCAUGGAAGUUAGAAAUCAUUAUGCCACACUUCAUGAUUUCAUCACCAAGAAUAUAGAGAAGAUCCAAAAGCCAAGAUCUGCAAACAUGGUGAACAUGUAUUGAACUUGACAUGCUCCAGGUGAAUUAUUUGUGCUUUGGAAUGCUGUAAAAUUCCUCUUUGGGAAGAUUUUGCCUGUGAUGAGGGACAACAACAAUGAAGAUGGUUAUUAAACAGACCAAUUUGGCUUCAAGA